AUGGGGUUCUCAUUCGUCUAUUGUGUUGUUUGUGGCUGUCCCUUUGACAUCCCCCCUCACGACGAUGUCUUUGAUGAAGAACACAACUGGGCAUCCGACAACCCUCUCGAAGAUGAAACAAAGCAGUGGCUAUGUAAAAUCCGGCUUCUCGGCGCUACUUCAAGUUUGGAGAAAUUCACCACUCCUCCUUUUCGCAUGCCGAGAAACCUAUCCACAACUCCAGGGCUCUUUGUUUCCGAUUUUGCCGACUGGGCAUUCACGGAAGGUCUGUACUUCCGACUCGUAGGAGGUUCAUACCGCGUCCUAUCCUCUGCUGAGGAUACCAGCGAUAUCCUUUUCCCGCUUCAUGACUACUGCCUGACCAUAAUUCAACAUGUCCUCACAUGGCGUGCUCGACUCUCCCCUGAGAGUGGUUCACCUCCAAAUUUGACGAGCGUGUACAAGACUCUCUGUGCCCAGUUUGUUGUCAAUGGGCAAGGAAAGGCGAGAAUCGCCAAAGAGAGAGCUUUUCAUGGUUCAACCGACUAUAUGGAGUAUGGUCUAGAGUUUGGCCAUGGCUACUAUGGCGCUCGCAAGUUCUGGGCCUCUGAAGGGUGGGAGACCACAAAGGCAAACGAGCCCGUCUCUUGGCAGUGGUACUGCAACGAUCCGAUAAACGUUCAAAGUCUUCCGGAUUUUGUCUCGGCUCUAUUUGCUGAGGAGCCCUCCGAGAGCGGACAUCUGGAAUUUGUCGAGCCAAACGUUAGCCUUGAGAUUCCAAGCCUGAAGGCAACGCUGUGUCCAAGUCUCGAGUGUUUGCCGAGAGAGAUACUAGACCUUGUUGUUUCUUUUCUUCCUACGGCAUCUACUUUACGCCUUCGAAUAUGUUCCAAGACUCUGAUGUCGCGCAUUGUACUCGAUCAGCAGUUCUGGCGAAAGCAGCUGCUUGGUGGCUGUGUAGCCCCUCACAUCUGGGACCUCGGUGAUGUCGACAGAUGUUCAAAUACCCCAGUUGUUCUAACUCACGAAACUCUCGGCCGUCAUAACUGGAGGGGACUGGUCCGCAAGUUGACACGGAGGGAUCAGAUUAUCAAGGGGGAUGACUCCAUGCCAUCUCCGCCAUGGGGACUGCGAAACCGAUGCAGGAUCUGGUCCCUUGCUACUCAUCUCGUUACAUCUUCGGAGAGCUAG